CCUAGAGGAACGUCACAGGGCCAGGCCCGGGGGCACCCCGUAGGCGGGCGCGGCGCUCCAUCACCCAGCCUCCUCGUAACAAUGGCCCGGGGGGCUGCGGGCGAGGCGGCUGGCGCAGAGGAGCAGGGCCGCCGGGGCUCUGGAAACCCCGCCCCUCGACCAGCUCCCUGACAACGCGGGCCGGGCCGCGCCGCCUGCUCCCCGCCCCUCGCCGCCCCGCACCAGGCGGGGCCGGGGCCAGAGCGCCGCCGCCGCUGCCGCUGCUGCUGCAGCUUCUGCUCUGCAGAGAGGGGCCCGGGGCCGGGGUCAGGGAGCCCUCUCUCCCACCUUCUCCCGCCGCUAUGAGCCAGGGAAGUCCGGGGGACUGGGCCCCCCUUGACCCCACCCCCGGACCCCCAGCGCCCCCCAACCCCUUCGUGCAUGAGUUACAUCUCUCCCGCCUCCAGAGGGUUAAGUUCUGCCUUCUGGGGGCACUGCUGGCCCCCAUCCGAGUGCUUCUGGCCUUUAUCGUCCUCUUUCUCCUCUGGCCCUUUGCCUGGCUGCAAGUAGCUGGCCUUACUGAGGAACAACUUCAGGAGCCGAUUACAGGAUGGAGGAAGACCGUAUGCCACAAUGGGGUGCUGGGCCUCAGCCGUCUGCUCUUUUUCCUGCUGGGUUUCCUCCGGAUCCGAGUUCGGGGCCAGCGGGCCACUCGCCUUCAAGCCCCUGUCCUAGUUGCCGCCCCCCACUCUACUUUCUUUGACCCCAUUGUUCUGCUGCCCUGUGACCUGCCCAAAGUUGUGUCUCGAGCUGAGAACCUUUCCGUUCCUGUCAUUGGAGCCCUUCUUCGCUUCAACCAAGCCAUCCUAGUAUCCAGGCAUGACCCAGCUUCCCGGCGCAGAGUGGUGGAGGAGGUCCGUAGGCGGGCUACCUCAGGAGGCAAGUGGCCGCAGGUAUUAUUCUUUCCUGAGGGCACCUGUUCCAACAAGAAGGCUCUGCUUAAAUUCAAACCAGGAGCCUUCAUUGCAGGCGUACCUGUGCAGCCUGUCCUCAUCCGCUACCCCAACAGUCUGGACACCACCAGCUGGGCAUGGAGGGGCCCUGGAGUACUCAAAGUCCUCUGGCUCACAGCCUCUCAGCCCUGCAGCAUCGUGGAUGUGGAGUUCCUCCCUGUGUAUCGCCCCAGCCCAGAGGAGAGCAGGGACCCCACCCUCUAUGCCAACAAUGUCCAGAGGGUCAUGGCACAGGCCCUGGGCAUUCCAGCCACUGAGUGCGAGUUUGUAGGGAGCUUACCUGUGAUUGUGGUGGGCCGGCUGAAGGUAGCACUGGAGCCACAGCUAUGGGAACUGGGAAAGGUACUUCGGAAGGCUGGGCUGUCCCCUGGCUGUGCGGACACUGGGGCAGAGCCAGGCCGGAGUCGAAUGAUCAGCCAGGAAGAGUUUGCCAGGCAGCUACAGCUUUCUGAUCCCCAGAUGGUGGCUGGUGCCUUUAGCUACUUCCAGCAGGAUGCCAGUGGUUUGGUGGACUUCCGAGAUGUCACGCUCGCAUUGGCAGCUCUGGAUGGGAGCAGGAGCCUAGAGGAGCUGACUUGCCUGGCCUUCGAGGUCAGUUCCAGGAAUUCUCCCUCCACCACCCGCUCCACGGGAAGCUCUUCAGCACCUAUCUGCGCCCUUCCCAGACACCAGACGCCUCCUCCCCAGGCAGCACCCCCGCCCUGGCCAACGGGACUGUGCAGACCCCCAAGCAGAAGGGUGACUGAGCACCUUGACCUCCCCAGCUCACACUGGCCCACAGACUCAGGGCAGCACCAGGGGCCCACCCUGGGCCUCAAGCCCAGCUCUGUCCUGCUUGAUUUUUUUUGUUAUUAUUAUUGGUUUUUUUAAGUUGGUUUUCAUUUUUCGUUUUAUUUUGUAAGAAACUAUUUUAUAUAUAAAUAUAUAUCUAUAUCUAUUUAAAAAAAAGGGAAGCUCAGUCACACCGAUGGUGUCAUUAGCUGGGAAGGAAAGGGACUGAUGGUUGCAGGCCACCCAUGGGAAGGCCCUAAACAAACAUUCCCAAGGUCGGUCCUCUUGGCCACAGACAGAUGUAUCCUCCUCACUUCCAGACCAACAGGGUGCUCUGCAGAGCAUGCAAAUCUCCUUUUGUCAGACCCUAUAAACACUUUCUUUAACAGGCCUCCUCACGAACCUCUUUUCGGCCUUUUCCCUCUUGUCCUGUCCUCAUUAGAGAUUAAAAAAUAGCUGACUACAUUCCACAUUUAAUAAAAAUCCUGCUGAGAUAGAUUUCCGCCCCCCCCCAAUAGUAGAGGCAGAGAGCCAUGUCAAGAACCAACCCUACCUGCAGAUCAGACCUGCCCACCCACACCCCGCUCCCCUUGGGGAGGGGGGGUCCUGCCAUGGGAUGAAAUUGGGGACAUCACAGUCCUUUCUGUCCAGCUUCUUUGCAAGAAAGAAAAAAAGGCCCGCUCAAGGUGCUAUAUCCAGGCACAAUGAUAGUUAGAUUUAGAAAAUAGAUCUCGAUCCCAGAAAUCUGACUGGUUAAAAAGCACUUUGCUAUCUAUGGGCUUUUAAAGGGGAACAGAUAAUGGUAGGAUAGCCAGAGAAGCCCUCCCAGCACCAUGUCCAGGCUUUUGAUGAAAGGGGAAUCAAGUGACCACUGGGGACCCUGGCGCUGGGGCUCAUCAAGGGGCCGAGACAAGGCUGAAGGCUGGGAAGGCUUCUGGAUACAUCUAGUCCAAGGCUACCUCACCUCCUUUCUUCUCGGCAUCUUAUCGCAUCUAGCAGCGAAGACAUGAGUACAAAAGGGCACAUUGAGAACAUUUUCCAACAACAAAAUCUUUUAUUCAUGUUAGCUUUUUCUCCAUACAACUUGCAAAGGUAACUUUCCCUGGACCGCUCACCAUGGGCACCACCUCCAGCCUAGCCCUGUGCCCUCCCUCCCCACGCUCACCACUUUGGCAGAACCAGAAAACAACAAAGGGCUGAGAACAAGUGUCUAUUGGGGCUAGUCUCCAGGGGAUAGGCAGGUGGAACAGGUGGUCCUGCUGCUCCCUACUGGCUGCGACGUCGUUUCUUCCUCCUGCCAGUCACAAAGCUAUCCCUUCUUCUCUUACGAGGCUGUGAGGCUCGAGCUGCUCCCAGAGCCUGGGGCUUCUCCCCAGGUGCCCCAAGUUCAGCUCCAGGGAAGGGCCUCUUUUCAGCAGGCACCAAGCUUCCAACUAGAGCUCGCUUCCCAGGCUUGGCGACAGGAUGGGGAGCCUGGCCGAUGCCCCUUGGCUCAGGAGCAAGGGAGUACGAUGCUCUCUGGGUCCCCCGGCCCCCUGAGUCAGGGCGAGGACUGCCAGGAGGUGCCCUGGGCAAGAGGCUCAGUUUAGAGGCCAAGAGGUAGGCAAAGUUGGAGAGUUCUUCAUCUUCCUCCACCCCUUUCUCCUUCGCUCUGGCCCCAUCUGCUGAACUGCACGUCUCAGUGACAGGAGCUGCUUCUCUCAGAACUAAGGUGUCCCUGCUUCCCCACAUAGGGAGAGUGUCUCGAAGGCCCUGGUGAGGGGAUGUUGAUUUGGGGGCCCCGUGUGCAUUAGACCCUUGACCUCCUGGCAAGGGAGCAAGGUCUUUAGGCUCAGAUAAGUCAGUAUCAUCUCUGCCCUCUCCUUGGGGGUCACGAGAAUUAAAACUUAGUGUGCAGGUAACCUCCCUGACCCUAAGCUGGAGGCCACGGCCAUCUUUCACAUCUAGUAUGCUGACAUGUUCUGUGGCUUCCAGCAGAGAAGAAAUGGAAUUGCCUCUGCUUCCUGCCUCAGGGCUGGCCUCAGGGAAGGAGUUAUCUUGGGUCCCCAGGAGAAGGAUACUGCCUUGAUUUGCAGGCAGGAGGGUUUCUCUGGAAGCCCCCAUUCUCCUUUCUAACAGUGGAAGGCAAACUUCAGCCCACAUAUCACUGGAAUCCUGUAUGGUUUUGGGGCUCUGUUCUUUGUUUUCUUUAGGCCUUGAGGCUGAGCUGUUGGCCCUCAGAGAUUCUGACAAGCUGCAGUAGUUUAUCUCCUCGAGGGCAGUUGUGGUGUCUGUGCCUCCACAGGGAACUAUACUGCUUCCCACAUCCCCAGGUGCUGUGCUUUCUCCAGGACCCAGAGAAAUGUUGCUUCUGGAGCCCAGUGCCUGGCAGUUCCCCUGGCACUCAGUUACACAUUCCCCAUCAUGAAAUGCCUCUAUGACCUCCUCGAUUUGUAAGGGCAACUCCAAGCCUAUUGCAUCCAUCUCAUUGCUCAGCCAAAGCCCUGGACUGAGAGAGGCCCUGUCCCUGUCCUCGGCUGCCCUGGGGGAAGGGUUCUGAUCAUAACUCUGAGCUGCGGGAGGACCUCUGUCAUCUGCCCACUUGGUCCCUGAAGACCCUUCCUGGGGCCCUGCUAACUGCUCCUUCCCCUGAGGAACUACUCCAAGAUCCCCUAUCUGUUGUCCUGUUUGCAGCACCAGAGCCUGCUUUGCUAACUCCUGUCCUUGCAGAGGAGCCAGCCCUGCAAGUCCAGCAUCCAUACUGGGAACUAGCUCAAGCUGGGGCCCUUCCUGCCAGCAAAGGGGCAGAGCCUCAGAAGUCCCUUCAGCCACCAGGGAGUGCCCAGGGGAUCCGGCACCUCCCAGAUGGGCAUCCUGAUGGGGGAGUAUGGGGUUUGUAACCUUCCCAGAUCGUCUCUUCAUACCCAGGGGCCCUUGAGUUCCCUGUGGAGCUGCAAGUUCUAGCUGCAGGUCCCAGCCACGGGGGGAUGGCAGAGUGUUCCCAUUCUUGCUCGUCCCCCUCAGACCAUCUAGGGCCCACUCCUGCCCACCAGGCACUUCUCUUGCCCUCUUCCCUGGAAAAGCAGCCUUUUCAAGGCAAAUGGUGCCCCCAGCCACCCGAGGCCCAGGUGAGGGCCGAAGCCGCCCACCCCCCACUUCAUCCUCAUCAGAAACAGAAGGACUUGAGUCCGAUUGGGCUCCACUGCAACUUGGAGGUGCCUCUGCCUCCUCCUCUUCCAAGGCCAGGAGCCGCUUCUGGACCAGCUAGAAGGAGAGUGGACGGAUACUGUUCUAAAUGUGGUAGUGAAAAGGGGAGGCUGGCUGACGGUGUGAGAAGGAGAUGGUUCUUGGGCAGGGUAGGGAAUGCAAACAAGUGGCUUAAGUGAGAGUAUCAAAGCCAGAUACCAUAGCUCUUUUAACACAUUCUUGGGUCUUAUUCCCAUGCUUUGAGCCCUCACUCUCCCCUUUUCCGUGGUCCCUUGCCUACUUGUUGGGCACCCAAAGCUGAAUGCUGAAACUGUCAUCCCCAGAAGCCAUACCAUCCAAGGCAACAUAGGGCCGGAUAAAGUCAUGCGAGCUUCUUGUCCUGAUUCUCUGCCUCCAGGCUUACCUGGGAAAAACUGAGUCCUUCUUCUUGCUCCAGCUCCUCAAUUAAGGCCAAUGGAUCCCUCUGUUGUUCUGGGGACAGCAGAUCUGCCAAAAAUCGAGGGUGAAUGACAGCCUCCACCUGGGGAACGGAAGGAGAAGUGAUGUGAGUCCUUAACAGGAGGUCCGAACCAGGAGGCUCUAGAAAAGCUAUGUACCCCCCCCCCCACUCACACCCUUUCCCUGGGUUGUUAUGAACCAUCAGCUACACACAUUCAUAUAUGCACACAGGUUCCUCAGCAUGGGAAAGAGUAGUUCCUAACUGCCUGGGUCAGAAGCCAAGAUCUUUGGUUCCCUGGGGUUCCCACCCCAGAUCUACUAGAAAACAGGUGCCCAGGCCCAGCCCACCUUGGAGACAAACACCUCCUGAGAACAGAGCUCAUCAAUGUACGUCAGGAGGCCUGCGUCUGGAUACAUCCCUUCCUCCCGCUGCUGCUCUUGCUCUUCCUGUUUUCCAUCUGACUCCUCGGUGGCGGCGUGACUCCCCACCAGCCCAUCCAUGAUGUCGGCAUACUCCUUCACAGCUUCUUCUGGGAUCUCCUUGGGUGCCUCCACAGCCGGAGGCCUCUGGGCUUUGCGCUGCCGCCUGCGGGGAGCCCGUGCCUUGGACGCAGCCUUCUUGGGAAUGUACACUGAGGGUCAAGGAGGGAAGGAGACAUGGGGAGUGGCACGGAGACCACGGCUUCUGCCUCUCACCCCCAUUUGUAAGGGCAGCAGCCUGGAUCAGGUUAAAGACUGGUUACAGACUGGAUCAGGCAAACCUGACAGUACCAGCUGUGGGAGAACAUAUAGGAGUGGAGGGUCUGAGAGAAUCUGUAGGAAGGAGCAUGGAAUUCCAAGAAGUCCCCUGAUCCAGCCCCCAUUUCUUAGGCAGAGGAGGUCUUAUGGGCCUCAGUUACAGUCUCAGUGAGAGAGUAGUUGGUUUCCUUGGCCAAGAUCAAUACUUAGUUUGGGACAAACCUGAGAACCCAGGCUCCUGCGUAUGUCCUGUUUGGAACAUCAAAUGCCAUUCCCUGGAGGGAAGCUGGUAGAAGCAAGGGCAAUGCCUCCCCUGACUGGGGACUGGUUCUGUGUGCCUAAGUUUGAGCUUUUGGAAUUGGCAGCCUUACCUGGCUGCUGGCAAACCUCAGGGGCUGGGGGCCCUGGAGGAUCAAGUUUCAGGGGCCCUGGAGGGGCUGCAGGAGGCAGGCCUUGUGGCCCAUUCAUCAGCUGCAUGUUCUGAAUCUCCUCCUCGGCCUCAAACUCCAUGAACCUGCAGAUGGAGAGGAAGAUCCAGGCAGUGCUGAGAAAACCAAGACCUGUUAGGAACCCAGGCACCAGGGGAUCUGCUCACUGGUAGCCAAAUAACAGUUCUGGGGAAAACUCAUAAUGUCACUGCAUAGUCCUUCCACCUGCAGUCAUCACUGAAGAAGAUUAUUAAGAAGACAGUCAGUCUAGAGCUUCUAAGCUUCAUAGGACAGCCAUGGCUUUUUCAUACCCAGCAUCAAUGGAGGGUAUACAGCAGUGAUUAAUACCGGCUUGUUGAAUUCAAUCAGGCCUAUGUUACAGCCUGAGGCAAAAUCCUACACAAGGGCCACUCCUCAAGGCCUCACCUGCCCCAGCCUACAACCACAAAUAAUGGCUGAAAUCCUAAAGCAGGGCCUCAGUUGCAAUUCAAGGCAGCUCCCACCAGGAGUCAGUCCUGAGAUCCAGGAGUCCUAAGGCUGAGACUGGGGUCCUGGAAAGGUAAAUCUAGGAGGUAUGAUUUGGGGGAGAAAGUGACAGCUAAGUUGGAAAAGUUUCAUUUUUCUGAGAUAUUUUUAAAACCAUGGAGAUCAUCACAGAAAUGGGGGAUAUGAGCCACUCUGGACAUCUAGGACCUUCCCUAACCAACCUCUUCAAGAACCAGUCUCUUUCUGAGAUGAUGGGCUAAAUGAUUUCUGUGCCACUAUUUCUAGAGAAAGGUGGCCCCAAGGUCUCCAUCAAUAGCCACUUGCUACCUGGUCAGUGAGCAGAGAAAGAACCUGCCUAGUAGAGCUUAUCUCCUCAUUGCUAGGUUCCCUUCAAGCAUGAAAUAAUAAAAAUACACCAGUUGGGCUCAAAUCCCAUCCUAACAGCUUCAAGAUCAAGGAAGGCCCCUAUAUAAUUCAAGAUCUGGAGGAGGGAGAGCUCCCAAGAGGAGAUGGGACAGAAAAGCCAGAGGGUCAAGGUGGUGGGAGGAGCAGGGAGGAUCCAGGAGUCUAAUGUACGCCCCUCCUCCAGCAUCCCUUAAAGUAACCAUACCCCCACAGACCCAAGCCUCUCUUAACUGCCCCCAUCCCCCCCAAAGAGGAUAAGGGUGGGUCGGACUCACUUUUCUGCCAUCUCGUAAAAGAUCAUCCGGUCAAAGUUGCUGGUCCGCUCCCAUUCCUGCACAGCCCUUGGCAGCCCCUCCUCCAGGGUCAUAGUGGGCUUCAGCCGGGCCAGGGAACGAAGCACUGGGCUAAGAAGCCCCAUUGGGUCAGUUACAUUGUAGAAGGGCACCCUGCCCCCCAUCCACCUGCCCUGACACCCACCUCAGUACAGGCCCCCUCAGUCCCUGUCACAUCCCACUUCUGACUAGCCUCAGGACCCCCAACCUCCCAGCCAUUCAUUUACCAUACUGGCCUUUCCUUCCCCCCCUGAAAUUUACAAACCUCCCACAAAAAUCAGAUGAUUCUUCUCCCCACUUUUCAGGGCAACUAUCCUGAAUUCUCACAGUGCUGUCCUCAACAAAAUACAAGGAAGAAAGCACUCAGUCAAUGGGACUCACUGUAAAGUAAGUUUAACCUGCCCAAAGGCCUUUGCACUUAAAAAAAAAAAAAAAAAAAAAAA